AUCCCAACCCCGCCCCUUUCCUCCUCCGCCCGCGCCCCUCCCCCCGUGAGCCCCAUCUGUUUCUCCGGCGUCGAAUGCUUAGCGGAGCGCGCGCUUGUUUUUUAAACCGUUGCUUGGACCGGGCAACAGUUGCGGCCGCGGCGAACUGAGGCGAAAAGAGUGGGGGGAGGGAGUGGAGGGGGAAAGAGAUGAGUCUUUGCGGCGGCAGCCCCCGCCGAGAGCAGCGCCGCCUUCGCCUGCACUAGAGGACCCCCCCCCCCAAGCGAACAGGGAGGAGGAGCGGAGGGUGAGGAGGCGCCAACCCGGAGGAACCCCAUGCCGAGAAGCGGGCGCGGAGCGGGCAGCCGUGGCCGCUGAGGGGGGAAAAGAGGGCACUUCGGUCGCAGGAAGGGAGAAGAGCAUCUCGCUCCGGGCCGGCGGCGCGAGAUGUGUCCGGAGGAGGACGGAGGCUGCGGCGACGGAGCGGGAGGGGUCUCGACUGCUGCGGCGGCGGCAGCGACGACUGUUACUUCAGCCGCGAUCGGAGGAGCGGAGGGCUCGACGGCGGCGGCCAGUGCCGCCGGGUCGGCCGCGGAGACGAGCGCCCUGAGCGAGCUCCGCUCCUGGUGGGAAGUGCCGGCCAUAGCUCACUUCUGCUCGCUCUUCAGGACCGCUUUCCGCCUGCCGGACUUCGAGAUUGAGGAACUUGAAGCAGCUCUUUACAAUGAUGAUGUGGAAUUCAUCAGUGACCUGAUUGCUAGUCUUCUUCAGGGCUGCUACCAGCGCAGUGAUAUUACAACCCAGACAUUUCAUGGCUAUCUUGAAGAUAUAAUCAAUUAUCGCUGGGAAUUGGAAGAAGGAAAACCCAACCCCUUGCGAGAAUGUACUUUUCAGGAACUUCCCUUACGUACGCGUGUGGAAAUACUACAUCGUCUUUGUGAUUACCGACUUGAUGCUGAUGAUGUUUUUGACCUGCUUAAGGGCUUGGAUGCAGACAGCCUCCGAGUGGAACCCUUGGGUGAGGAUAGUAAUGGUGCCCUCUACUGGUAUUUUUAUGGCACACGAAUGUACAAAGAGGAACCCGUGAAACCAAAUGGAGACCUAAUUACUGACAGGGAAUGCGGGAUACACAAAAAUAUUCCAGACAUUUCUGGAAAGGUAGUAAAAAAACGGGGGCGACCUCCAAAACGAAAAAAAAUUGUGGAGAACAUCUUAAGAGAGAAAGAAGAAGCCAGUGCAGUUCAUGAAUCACAGUCCAGAAAGUUUUCUCAAGGAUUGGGCCAUGGAACAUGGUGGUUAAUAUGCCAGACAGAAGAGGAGUGGAGGCAGGUUACAGAAAGCUUCAGAGAGAGAACAUCUUUAAGAGAAAGGCAGCUUUAUAAACUCCUGAGUGAAGAUUUCCUACCAGAGAUUUGCAAUAUGAUUACACAAAAGGAGAAGCGUCUGCAGCAGACAGAAUUUAUUCCCAGGUGGACAUCUGAUAAUCAAAACAUCAAGCCAAUAUAUUCAGAGAUGACCCCAGUUGUGUUUAGUAGAAUGGAGAAGCAGAGACGCCGAGAAGAAGAAGAGGAACGUCAGAUCCUUUUGGCAGUUCAGAAAAAGGAACAGGAACAAAUGCUGAAGGAGGAGAGGAAACGAGAAAUGGAGGAAAAAGUCAAGGCUGUGGAAGAACGAGCCAAGAGAAGGAAACUUCGAGAAGAGAGGGCAUGGCUGCUGGCCCAGGGAAAGGAGCUUCCCCUUGAGCUUUCCCAUUUAGAUCCCAGUUCACCAGCUAGGGAGGAGAAAACUAAGGACUUCUUUGAAUUGGAUGAUGAAUUCACUGCCAUGUACAAAGUGUUAGAUGUUGUAAAAGCUCACAAGGACUCCUGGCCAUUCCUAGAGCCAGUGGAUGAAUCAUAUGCUCCAAAUUACUACCAGAUCGUUAAGGCUCCUAUGGAUAUUUCCAGUAUAGAGAAAAAGCUAAAUGGAGGCCAAUACUACACCAAGGAGGAAUUUGUGGAUGAUAUGAAAACUAUGUUCAGAAAUUGCCUUAAAUACAAUGGGGAAAAUAGUGAUUAUACUAAAAUGGCUUAUAACUUAGAGAGAUGCUUUCAUCGGGCAAUGAUGAAGCACUUUCCUGGAGAGGAUGGCGACACAGAUGAUGAAUUUUGGAUCAGAGAGGAUGUGAAGCGUGAGAAAAGAUGCCGUCGUACCAUACGUUCCAGUACAGGAAAUGUUUGGACUCGAUCCAGAGAUUCCGAAGGAUCUGGCAGAAAACAACCACAUGUACAAAAUGGAGGAAAACAUCCGCCUCAUAAAGCAAAACAUCAUGUUCCCAUUUCUUCUUCGUCAUCCGUCUCUUCCUCAGCAGAAGAUUCAAGUAGCCAGUCAGUUCAAUUGUCUGGAAAGAUGGCAUCUUCUAAUGGGCGAGGCUUUCUGCAUUCACAUCACUAUGGUGGAAUGCCCAGUUGUGUAUCCCAUUCUGGGUACAUAAGACCACCUAUUCCAGGAACGUUUGAUUCUCUGCGUGGAUCUGAUCCAGCAAAACCAUAUGGAUCACCACGAGUACCAGAACCACAUCCUGGUGAUCCAAGUCAGCAGCACCAGCACUUUGCCAUGCAGCCUCCAGUUGGUCUGAAUGAUCAUAGAGGACCUCGGCUUCCAGCUCCAGAGAAGCAAGGAUGUGUUGCAGCACUGCAUGUUUCCACAGUAGGACCACAUUCUACAUCUUUGCAACUUGGUCGAAUGAGUGGCCCACCCUCAGAUGCCAAUAUGUAUUCUCCUGGGCAAUUCCAGGCUGGAUUUAUUUCUUCAAGACACAAUGGACCUCCUAUGAGACAAGGAGAGAUUUCAGAGCUUCCCCCUGGCCAUAUAUACAGAUCCUAUAAAUAUCCUGCUGUAUGGAAUGGAAAUCAUGAUGCAGCAAACCAGAUAGCCCUGGGAAUAGACAAGAAAUCUCCUGUGGGCCCUUGCUCUCCUAUAUUGCCCCAUGCUUUGAGCCACAUAAUGGAUCCUCGGACCGUGAGACAACCUUUGCCCCCAAAUCAAUGGCCUGAGCAGUCUAAUUUCCUACCUCAUGGAGUUCCACCCUCAGGAUAUAUCCGUCAUCCAGGAAAAGCCUCCAGUCAAAGAAUACAACAGCAGCUUCCUGCCUCAUUAUUUGGCUCUAUCUCUCAGAUUCAGAGAGGACCCCAGGGUGGGGAUUCCAUGAUGGACAGUCCAGAGAUGAUUGCCAUGCAGCAGCUGUCCUCCCGGGUAUGCCCACCCGGAGUGCCUUAUCACCCACAUCAGCCUCCUUCCUCACAUUUAUCUGGACCAUUCCCACAAUUAACUCACACAGCAACUGCUAAUAUUCAGCUUCCAAAACCAGUAUUAAGGAAUGGGAAUUCUGAAGAUGGCAGCCAGACAAUUAAUUCAGAGAACAAUCAAGAGCUUCCAGUAGAAGUGAAACAGAAAACGGAGGGUCCUCCAGAAGAGACAUACCCCAAGCUGCUACCUCAUUCUAAAGGCCCAUUGCAAAUGGACUGUUCCCAGCAGAAUUUAACACAGGAAGUGGAGGGAGACAAUUCUGACACUAAGAACAGCUCAAAAGCAACACAAAAUAAGGGCACAUGGCCAGCAGAGAAUAACUAUACAAGUUCUGUAUCUCAGAGUUGUCUAGGUGAUAUUGCAACAGUUAUGGAGAGAGGACCAAUGCCUGAAAAUGAUGCUAUAGGUGAAGGGUCAUCUGGUGGCACUGAAGAGAAAGGUGUACCUGCUAAUAUAAUAGAAAAGCCUGGUUGCACAGGAGGUGGAAAUCUGCUAGAAGCAACUGUGCCUUGCAUGGGACAGAGUACGAGUACCCCUGCUAGUGUGGAUGGAAAUCCAAUAGGGGGCACUUCUAGCCAAUUUGGCCCUCUUUAUAUGCCCAAUAUGGAAUAUCCAAAUUCAGCCACACAAUACCACAUCAGUUCAGGAUUUCAGGGUUUUAGUGCUAUAAUGGGAGCAAAACCCCUUUCAAUAUCUCAUUCACGUUUUCCUGCUCGGGGCUUUCAUGCUAGCAACAGUUCCCAUGGCACUUACCCUCGCUAUCGUUCUCACCAGGGAGUGCCAUACCCUUACCAUCCUCAGCCGCCUCCUUAUCAUCACUACCAGCAGCCUCCUUACUAUACUUGUCCACAAGGUUAUUCAGACUGGCAGAAGCCUUUCCCUCACCCAUCAAGCCCCACUGGGCAUUCACCUACCCAGUCCCCUAUGGCCAGACCACCUUUCUCAGACAGAGGGACAGUGGGAAGUGGCAUGCAGAACUGUGAAGUGCUUAGCGCCACUUUGGCUUCUCCAAAUCAAAUAGACAUAGCAGGCACCAAAGAGGAUUCAGCCAACGGACAAGAACUGUCCCUUGAAUCUGAGAAAGCAGAGGAGCCCCAAGAAAGGCCUGAGAGUCCCAAAGAAUUCCUUGAUCUGGACAACCAUAACGCCACAACCAAGAGGCAAAGAUCAGUUGCGGCAGGAGAGUAUUUGUACGGCACUUCCUUGCCAUCUGUGAGUUCUUCUGCAUUUGGAUUUGGCCCUUUCCCACCCCAUGGCAUCAUGCUGCAAACCGCAUCACCAUAUGCAUCACGACAUCCAGCCUCCCACUUCCAGGCCAGAGGUUAUGGGUCAACAGUGAAUUCUCACUUGUCACAUCAUCAAGCUACUAGUCAAUCCAAUGGUCUUGCUCAUGAAGGACCUCUGUACCAUUGUCAAGAUGAGAAUGUGGGACACUUUCAGGCCUUAAUGAUGGAACAAACAGGACGUGGAACUAAUCUGGGAGGGCAGCGUACAGAUAUGUACAGAACACCAGGAAUUCACAUACAUCAGCCACAAACUCCAUUCCCAAAGGUGCCUACGUCAACAACACUGGAAGAGCUGCAACCACGAAAGCCACCAGCAUUGCCUCUAGAUCAAGCAAGUACAAAGCUAAUCUAAGGAAGAAUACACAGAAGAUAGAGCCACAUAUGAAUAGAUAUGGACAAAGGGAGCAUCCUUUCUAUUCUUACCUUCUUUCCUAGCAUCAUCUGGCUUCCAUGGUCCUGUGCAACAUAGUGUCCAAUUGACAGUGGAAUUGUCCCGAAUCUGAGCCAGCAGUAUGCCUGUCACAAACAAUCCCACAGCGAAUCAAGAGAGAGGGUCUCAAAUUAGGGCUUUGUUUCUGAUCAGAGGGCUUAUUUCAUUCAGGGUUUAAGGAAAGUUUGAAGGACUUGAAACUUUCAUUAACUGCUAAAACUCAGGUAUAUUUUUCAGGGUGAAAGACUGGAGAUAGAGGAUAAUACUUGUAUUAAUAUGUGUGCUUGGAAUGGAAUCCAGUUUACAGGUUUUUUUUAACCUAUUGCCUUUAAAAAAAACAAAAGAAAAAAUUCUGUUUGUGAAUGUAUUGUACAUGCUUAGGAUUGAGAUGGUAGACUCAACAGGUGCAAGCAUAGCAGUGGGAUGAUCAGAAGAUGUUUACAAUCAUGUCACACUGUUUUUGUUUUUAAGAAGGUAGAUGUAGAAAAUGGCAAAACUCUUCCUCUACAAUGUGAUAGUGCUGCCUAUUGGUAGUUUGGAUUUGAGGAAUACUUACUAAUGGAUCACAUUUAUUCAGGAGAAAGCACAGUGUUAGAUCUCCUGCCCAUGGAUUGUGUGCAAGUACUGCUGUAGGAAGAAAGAAACUGGAUUGAGAUUUUUAUGUGAGACGUAGCAUUUGUUUCAUCAUUUCCGAGGUUCCCUUGUAUGUCAGUAAAUAUUGAAACCAUUGUCUCUAAAAUCCUAAGAUAGGAAGAAAUCUUGCAGAAGCAUCUUUAGUAAAGCCCAAGUGAUAUUAAUAUUAGAUAAAAAUGAUGCAUGCUAAACUAUCUGAGUGUGAUUGGCUCCAUGCUCUGAUUAGGGCAUCUCAGAAAUAGAUCUCCAUUUAAAUUUCAGCGUUAUAAGAGGAUCCAGAUACGCUAUUGGGGACAAACAGCAUUUGACUCUAUAUAUGGGUAUUGAAGCAUGUAUGCUAGAAGAGAUGAAAAUAAAACUAUGAAAUCACCUGUACAUUCACACAGUUCAUUUAAUAAUUUCAGAUAUCAUAGGACAGCUUACACAUUAGCUCAGAUUUUUACAAAUAAGUUUCUGAAUCAACCAAUGAAUUGGAGUUUGGUGGCCAACAAAUUAAGUAAAUAAAUAAUAACAAACCUAGUUACAAACAGUUUAUAGAAAAUCUGCCAAAUACAUCGUGCUAUAAGCAAAAAUAAUAAAAGUAGCAUUGUAGAUUUAUAUGAUAAUACUUGCAUUUGUUACAAUGAUAUUAACAUUUCAGUGUGAUUGCUUGAAAUGAUCUAAUAUGGUGCUUUGCUCUAACUUAAUGAAUCUGAAAAGAUAAACACUUCUCCCAGAGAUUAUUAAAAUGUUCUAUUAACAUAUAAUUUUUCCAUUGUUAAGUGGAUUUUAAUAAGGAUACGGGGUAAGACAGUGCUUGUCCUCAUCUCUUAGCCCCUACUGCUCCCACUGUUUAUGACUAAAUGGAAAAAAAAUCCAAUAUUUAUUUGGGUUUCUCUGCUGAAUUCUACCUGGAGUGACUUUAUACCAAACAUGAAAAGCAAUGCAGAGAUGAGAAAAAUGUGCUCUGUCCCAUCCCUUUUGCAGUCCCAAAACCAAAUUAAAGAAAAGCAAAUUCACAGUCAUAACCAGUUAAGAACAACUAGCAUCUUGUCUGCUAAGCAGCUAAUACAACUGUUAGGGGCAGUAAUUUUCCUAGGAACAUAUUUAAAGAAACAGGUAGACAUACAGAAAGACAAAUAUCUUUUCUUGCAUAUACCCUAUUCAACCCAUGUAACUUCGGCAUGCAAAUUAUUUUUAAUUAUUUUACCAAUUUCUAAGAAACUAAAAAGAAUAACCUAAUUUUAUAAAUUGGCAGGCGAAGAAUGUAUAAAACUGAUGUAAGACUUCAAAGAGCCCAUCUUUAGUUAGCAUUCUAAAGCAUUCUGUUCUUCCAUUUCAUCUCUUCUAGUAUGUUAGUUUGGAAACAUUUCAGAGGCAUUGUGUUCUAAUCUCUGAAACAAAUUGAUUGGUUCUGGGGCAUGCUUAGAAAGGGAAGACCCAACUGCCCAAAACAACAAAGCAGGGUUUUGGUUGUGAAAAGUCUGCAAUCAGCUUAUCUGGGUGAACUUAAAACCAUCCCUUCAUAAACAUUUUAGGGUUAUAGUGUAACCUGUUAUAUCUAUAAGCAUCUGAUCUUUAGUUCCUCCUAGGAGCCAAUGAAUUAGGAUUUUGUCUUUAUUUUGUUCAAAAGGUUUGCUUUUCAAAUAAUAAAUUAUCUUGUACAGUCAAGAUCAAUGAAUAACACAGCUAGAGCUUGUCUGAUCAUGGGUUCAGGCCUUAUGCUUGCUGUGAUAAAAGAGCCAUCUACUGCAAUAAUCUUCUCACUCCAGCCUAUGUGGGUCUGCUUACCAGUUAGAUGGGGUGCAGAACAUUUCGCUUGUGCAAGAUCUUUGCUUUUCAUGUGGAAAUAUAUUUUUUUAAAUCCUGUUUGCUUUUCUCUAAACCUUUGGGAAUAGAGUAUGGUAAAAACUAAGAUUGUGGGAUCAUUUAGAAUAAUGCUUUUCAAAAUGAAAAGUCUUGGUGAUUAAAGUUGUCCCAUGUAAUCACUACUUGAAAUGUGCUUCACCUCUGCUCUCCAAAAUAGCUACUUACAUAUUAGCAUUUUGAGGGUUUUUCCUCCUUACUCAUGGUUAGAAUUUUAAAAUAAACCUUUGGUAUUACUUACCAGCAGUAGUAUUUUGUAAGGUAUAUAUGUUUUACUCCAACUGGCAUCUAUUCAAUAGUGAUUAUUGUCAACGUCAAGUUAAAAGUUCUCUUUUAUCAAGAGGUGGCUGUUAAUUUAAUGAGCUUUGAAUUCUAUACUUUUGAUGAAAGAGAAUAAUGGUAAAGUAGUUUACUUUUCUUUGAUCCCAAAUCAGGAUUUUUUGACUUUCAAAGAAAAAGAAUUUAUUAUGUUAUAUAGAUGCAUAGACAGAUUAUUCCUUUGUUAGUACAUCAUUCUGAACCUAUUUAAGAUUUAUUACCAUUUUACUCAAAGGUUUUCUCAGUGUGUCAAUGUUACAAUGUGUUCUAUGUAAUUAGUCCCACUGCAUCUUUCUUCAAACAAAUUUUAAGUAAAGAGCCUUAAGAAAAGCAUUCUUAAACACCAGAGAAUGUAAUUAGUUUUUUGCUUGAAUUCAAAGUCUGCCUAGCACAGGUGGAAGGAAAUAGGAAGAAGGCCCAAUUUCUGGAUUCUCUUGAGUUUUCACCAAAUUAUGCCCUGCAGUGGCCUUUAUAAGAGUUAAGGAAGCUGGAACUUUCUUUCCUCACAAUGAAGUGUGAGCAUUAUAUAACACAUCUUUUAAUGCUCACUUUUACUAUGUUCCAGUUUUUAAAGAAAGUAUAAACUAUUUCCCCUGAUUUGGACGCAACUUCCUGUAUGUUUAAAUUUGCAGUGAAAUUAUGAGGCAGUGAUAGAAGGUGACAGUUUAUAACGUCAGACUAGGCAGGCAUUCUGGGGAACAUAGAUAUGUAGAAGCACAUCAAAAUGGGAUGUUUAAAUUCUACCUAGAAAAUGGAAGAGAGGAGAUUCCAAUAAGGAGACUUUAGUAGCAGGUCAGUGACACAGAUAAUUUGACAAGUGCACGUAAGAGAAAGAUGAGAACAUUCAUCUUGAUACUCCCUGUGAGCUUCAAGGGUGCUUGAAAGCAGUGGUGGGUUUGAAAGCCUAGCAUAUCUGAAUGCAUAAUUUCCUCACUGUACUAUGCAUCUGAAAGAAAAGCUGUUAGCCUUCUCUUUACACUGAGAUUCAAAGACAUAUUUUAGCUGCUAAAGCCAGCUAAAAUCUUAGAACCAGAUGAUAAUCUUUUGAGUCAGAGGAGUUCUUAUUAAGAAAGGUUUUGUCAUACUUUUAAAAAGAACUUAGAUGCUGAUAAGCUGUAAAAAGAUAGAACAAUUAUGUGUCUUGAUCACAGAUCUGCCAGGUGUAAUUGGCGGAUUCUACAGUGCAGAAUUCAUUCAGUCCUGGAUAUCAAGAGAAUAGCCGUUACUUCUAAGGCAGCCUUUCCUAACUGAUGUUCUCAAGUUUUAUGGAGCUAUUAUUCCAAGAACUUCGUAAUCGGCAUGGCCAAAAGUCCCAAUUUGGAGGAAGGCUGCUCUACAUGAUCAAUGAUGCCAUCAAAAUAAGACAAAACCUUUAUGUCCUUUAUAUAAACCUUUACAUUUAGCCAUCAUCUUAGCUGAACAUAAAAUAUAAAUUUUUCACUAACCUGCAACUUCAUUUAAAUUAUAUCAGAUUCUAAAUAUUGUGAGAAUUAUUCAUUCUCCCAAGAAGUAUAAAUUGCAAGUUAGAUAUAAUAAUUCACUAUGACCUGCUUAUUCUGGUAUUUUGCUUUUUCACAAUAGUUUGAUGCUACAACCUAGAAGAAUUACUUAGCAACAAAGCACAACAGUAAUGCUGCUUUCUCCUGGUUUACUUAGGUACCUGAAAAAUUUAAAUUAAACCUGAAAAAUUUAAAUGGGAAGCAUUUUGUAAGAUUCCUAAGGUUAUAAAUUAGAUUUGGCAGGUAUUAGUUGAACAUCAUUGGAAAUAAUAACUCUGAAAUAGAAAUUUUUUUUCUCCACACUUUCUACAUUUUUAAAGUAUCCAGUUGUUCCAUUGUUAAUUGUCUUGUUUCUUUUUAUCUGCACAGCUAAUUUUUUUCAUCCUAAAUAAAAGGAAAAAGGGUUUUCUAAUUGGGAGGAAAAAAUAAAUGGAGGCCAGUUGUUGGAAAAUAUUUGUGGUAUAAAUGUCUAUAUUCUGAUUUUGAGCUGGCAAUGUUUUAUCAAUCAUAACCAUUCCUAAAAUAUUGUGUAUUGGGUCAAGCAUUGUAUGGGUAGAAAGGGGCUAUUUUAUUGUAAUUAAGAUUGUAAAGAAUGUAAUUUGUCUGUUAAAGUCAGAGAAAGGGAAUGUUUCUUUUUAUGAAUGCUAGUGUCUAGAUAAUGUUUUUGGUCUUGGAAGCCUUGCACAUCAAAUCCCAAUCUCCAUGAAGCAUCAAUACAAUUUUUAAUCUACAGAACUAUGAGUCAUUAUUGUAAGAGAUCUCUCACCAUCAAGCUGUGAAAAUAUCUAACAAACCCUGGCAAGAGACUGACAUAGUCUGGGCUAUGCACAACAAUGAACUUUCCACCCACCACAGAAUGAACUUGUGUUGCAGAAGCUACCAUCAGCCCAUUCUUUAGAGACUUAACAUCAUGGAUGAAAGGAACAGUCCCCAUAUCUUCCUUGUAUUUAUCACCUGGAGCUCAGGUACCUCAUUGCUCCUGAAAAGCCCUGAUCAAUUCCCUUGUCCAUGGAUUAUAGUAUCAGGGAUCCUUUCUUUCCUCUUUGGAAAAUGCAAAGAGCUAGGUUUGAACUUUCCUGGUCAAUACUGGAAAAGGGAAUACUAUUUAUUUUUAUAUUGUUUAUAUUUUCUCUUGUCCUACUGAUUCUCUGGCAGUCACAGUUACCUCAAUAGCUAGUUUAAUAAUGUGUGUUUGAAUAAUUUUUAAAGGUUCCUUUUUUAAAAAAAAGAGUUUUGAUCUUUAGAGAUCUGUAGAUUUUAUUUCCAUAAGAAUGUGUUAUUUUGUAUAAAAUAUGUUCUUAAAAUAGUAUGUGGUCUGUGUGUAUCUGAGAGAGAGCGUGGGGAAUGGGGAUGAGAAUCUCUAGGAACAUUAAACAAUAGCUUUAUGUAAAUCAGAGCAAUAGUUUGUCUCGCCUUUAUCUCUAGAGACUGGCACCGUCUCUAGAUUUUCAGGCAGUAGCUUUUACUAAAGAAGUUACUUUAGACAAUUUUGCCUGGAGUGGCUGAGAAUUAAAUCUGGGAUUUUUUUUUUAAUACAAAGCCAUGCGACUUAUUACUGAACUACUAGAUCUGUAUUAUUGGGAAGUUUUAUUUGGCCACUUGAGUGAUAAAAUCCUGCUAUAAGAUACUUACUAACUUCUGUCCUACAACAUGCAGGUGGUAUGGUGUUGAUAAUUUUAGAGUAAAUUGGAAAUUUCUUAACAUUGUCAAUCACUUAUUCAAUGCGGGAUUUGCAAGAGAGCAACUAGUGCUGUUUUCUACACUGGAUCAAGGCAUUAUUUUCAUCAGACAUAGAUGUGGAUGUAAUUGUUUUUUUAUUUUAGGGAAUUAUUAGUUUUGCCCUUUCCAGGAGGUAAAAUGAUGCAAAGGCUAGAAUAGCAAAGCUAACCCAACUAUAUACGCCUAUACCAUCUUUGUUUCAGUUAGUAUUUUGAUUGUCCUUCAAAAUAUAUUCUUUUAGCAAUUAUGUUGAGUGGUCUAUAAAAUACCAUAUGAAAAAUCUUUAAUUUCAGCAGAUUUGUGUGACAAAUAGAUAAUUAUAAUACCAGUUUGCAAAAAGAAAACCCCCAAAGUGCUCUGAGUUGGAAAGUUCCUGCAGAAUGAAGAAAAGGAGGGGGACAUUUUGAGGGGAAAAAAUCACCACAACAGGAACUGGGGAUGGCUUCUGAUAAAUUAAAUCUUAAACAUGAGGUUUUGGUUUUUUUUACUCUGGAGAAACAGCACCCAGCAUCCAUUCAGGAAGACUUAACAAGGAAGUAACGGGAGUGAUGAUUGUUUAAGCCGUAGCAUGUUUAUCUUCUGCGUAAAGUAACCAAAGAGAUCUGUAAUAUUCAGCUGCCUUGGCAAAGUUGCCUAUGGCAAUGAUUCCUUUCCUGUUGGGUGGAGCAGCCUCUGCCCCCCUUUCUUCAGCAGCCCAGCCAGCAAAUCACGUGCUGUCUCCUUUUUCCCUUUCCAUUGUAGGGCCUAGGGACUGUAAAAAGUCUAGGGACUGUAAAAAGUUUACAAUCUUUUUUUUUUUUGGCCAGUGCAAGAAUUCUGUGCCUGCUUGGCAUAGUAAUAGGAGUGGUCCAUAGCCCUUCAUUAGCAUAGAGCGGGCAUUCAUCAGUUCCCCCAAAGAGUCUUUUUCUUCAAAAGAAGCCUUACCAAUGAAUGCAUUUCCCACACACUGAUAUUAAUACAAGCUGCUGUUAAAAAGUGUCUUCUCUCUGCUGUAAGGACUCCUUUCAGAAAUCACAUAGAUUCACUCUGGAUCUGUUGUUGCCGAAGAUCACUGACUGAAGUGGAACUCCGACUAUAACUGGCUUGCUCUCCUAUCUAUGCAAUCAGGACCAAAGGUUUUCUUGUGAAUUUCUUUUCCACCCACACAGCAGCUGGCGAUAAUGAGAAAUUUCUGCAUUGGCUUUUCCAGCCAGGUAUGGUAUGUGGAAACGUUCGCUAUAGCAAUUAGCUCCAUUCCAUCAGAUGCUUCCUAUUAUUAGUUAAGAUCAAAACACUUGUCAGAUCUUGUCCAAUUAUUAACAUCAGACCUAUGAUUAAUAGGAGUUGAGAGGAAACAAUUAGCUUUAGAACAGGGUUGACAACUGUUUUGUACUUACAACCGUUUUGUACUUCAGGACCAUAUUUUUUUUAGGGAGCGGGGAGAGUUACUAUGAGUGUUCAUUGGUGUCACAAAUUCUUUUUUUUCCUGGGGUCUUGUGGAGCUGUUGCUUGCUUUUUUACACUUUUUUUCAAACUUAUGGUUUGCAUUCUUACAUAUUACCUGCAUAACUGCAGGUACUUGUCCAGGCAAUCUCUGAGAAUCAAUCUCUUGAAGGGAGGAAAAGGACAAUCUUAAAUAACAUGUAUGCAUACAGAUUUGAGAACCAUCCUAUAGGUUCCAAGUCCUGGAUUAGCAACUACCAAUAGAUUUAACAGAAGAAUAUUUGGCUUUUACCAAAACUGAUUAAAAUCCAUCCUACAUUAUUUUGGACAACUAGACUAUUCCUCAAUUGUCAGAUAAGGGUCACAUUUAUGCUGAAACCUUCAGUUUGCUGUUAAUCUUAAAAUUCUCACUUUUUAUAAAUGAUUCUCAUGAAUUAAUUUCAAAAAGGUUGUUUUCUCAUCCUCAUUUUCAUUUUUUUAAAAAUAUCUACAAUACACUAAAUACAGAAGGAAAAACCUUAGACACAUCUGUUAAUAGCUAAAUGCAGUCUAUUUAAUUGUUUACUAGAAGGAAAAUAAUUUCAAAUACGAAUAUUCAAAAAA